CAAAAUGGCACACAUAAUUGACCAUGGGGGAGACAUCCUGUGCGACAACAACCAGCACUCAAUGGAGUACGAACAGGUCUCCGAACUCCACAAAACCCCCAUAUCCGCGAGAUUCGAAGUACAAGCACACACAACCACUUAGUGCCUUGACUACGAGGAGUGCGAGAACUUGGUGUACCGGCGGGAAAUGUCAGCAAUGAGUGCUCAGGUGUGUUGUACGAAUGACUCCCAGCGCUACUGGAAGAUGAACAUAAUGCGAUGGGGGAUAAGUCUGCUGAUCGGGAUGUGCACGGGCGUGGUGGCCUUCGUCAUCGACUAUUUCAUCAGCCUCAUGUCCAACUACAAGUUCAGUCUCCUCAUUAAUCGUCCUCCCCUCCUCACAUUCUCAGAAAUGAACGAGGCCUUCCGAACGGGCACGUUUGCCAUCCCCUACUUCACGUGGAUAUUCUUCUCCCUCUUCCUCGUGUCCAUCCCCGCACUCCUGGCCGUCUGGGCGGUUGGUGUGAGUGUUCUACCCCAGCCGGCCUCCACCGGGAGUGGCAUCCCCCAAAUCAAGUGUUUCCUCAACGGAAUCAAGAUCCCCCAGGUCGUCCGAAUCAAGACUUUCAUCGCCAAGUUUGUGGGAGUCAUUUUCUCCGUCUGUGCUGGUCUCCCAAUCGGGAAGGUAGGCGUGUCCCCUCACUGUGAAGGGCCCAUGAUCCACUCGGGGGCCAUCAUUUCCGGUCUUUCCCAAGGCAGGAGUUCCUCCCUCAACCUUGACUUGAAGUUCAGACUGACGACCGAACAGCGGGACUUUGUGUCCAUUGGAGCAGCCGCAGGGGCCUCCGCUGCCUUCGGAGCUCCCAUUGGGGGACUCAUGUUCAGUCUGGAGGAAGGCUCCAGUUUUUGGAACCUGUCUCUGAUUUGGCGGACCUUUUUCGCGGCAGUAAUGUCGACGUUUACUCUGAAUAUUCUGCGGAACAUAGUCGACCCCCGCUACGGGUUCUCGUCAGUGGGACUGAUCGACUUUGGGACAUUCGAUGUAGAGUAUAGGGUGACUGGCAGGUGGUGGAGUACGGCAUUCUGGAGAUAUUCAUGUUCGCCAUUGUGGGCAUCAUACUCGGGGCAUUGUUUGUCCAAAUCAACUACUGGCUUACUGUUUUCCGAUUCAAGUGAUUUCUACUAUAAUUCCAGACAUUUCCGAUACUCGGCACUCAAAGUCCUGGAAGUCCUGCUUGUGGUGGGAGUCCUCUCUAUCCUGUCCUUCCUGUGUGUUGCCACCUUUGAUGAGUGCUACAUUGGCAAUCCGGACACCAAAUUCGACUCCCUGGCCACGUGUUCAGGUGGGGAAAACAGUGUGGCCGCGGACUAUAUUUUCACUACUCCUGCCAACCUCGUCAAAAAGCUGUUUCACAACCCCGAUGGUGUGCCUUUCCUUUAUAUCAGACUACUACUCGAUCGGAUUCUCAUCAAAGUGUGCAUUCCCUACUUCCUGGCAUCCUGCUGGACAUAUGGCAUCAACGUGCCCAGUGGACUGUUCCUCCCUUCCAUGGUCAUUGGGGGGACCUGGGGACGCCUAUUCGCACAGAUAUUCAACGCCUUGUUCGCACUGGUGGGGGCAGCCGCUCAGUUGGGAGGGAAUCUGCGGAUUGUGAUCACACUGGCGGUCAUCAUCAUCGAGGCCACUGCCACGGCCUCACUUGCAUUGCCUGUCAUCAUCGCCCUAAUCAUGUCCAAGUGUGUGGGGGAUUACUUCAAUGAGGUAAUAUCCACGUCAUUCCAGGGCAUUUUCGACAUGCAUAUUCACGUCAUGGAGAUUCCACUCUUGGACUGGGAGCCGCCUGCCUUGACAGCCCACAUUGAUGCCUCGAAGGUGAUGGCUCACCCAGUCAAGACCAUUCGUGCCGUCACCCCAGUCUGGCAAGUUUGCGACCUCCUCAAGCAGAGUUGCCACCAUGGCUUCCCAGUAGUCAAGACUCACGACUCCUCUGUCUUGGUAAGAUUCGAACUAAAAAUUAUAAAUGAGUGUGGUAUGGAUGUUAAGGCCGAUCUGACUUAA